AUGGUGGGCAAUGUGUACAUUGGAGCGAAUGUGAAACAGCGAGCCCAAUUGGGCGAAAACUAUUUGGACGGAGUGGAAGUGUUGGCUGUAAAUGGGCGAAAAAAUAUUGGAAUGAUUGCUCAGAUUUUAAAGGAUCAUGGAGCAAAUGUGGUGGAAUUUCGAUGGAGUUUGGAGAAUAUUGGAGAGAUUUCGAGACGAAUUCGGCGAGGAUCCAUUCUCCUCAAUGUCCGCAGUGGCUCGAAUCUCAAUGGCUCUCGCCGCCCGGGAACGUUCUGGACACGGUCAACGUCUAAUUGCUUCGGAUAG